UGAAACAAGUAGGACCAGAAAUCACAUUUUGUUACCACAAACCAGUGUAUAUUACUCUUUUGUCCUGGUUUGGAUGAAAGGACAAAAUGUGGUUAGUUGAAUAUAGAGAUGUUCCAGCUCUCUUCCUUGAAGCACUGAAAGGGAAGUGGAAUAUGCAAGUCUAAGUGUCAGUCACAUAAUGUUUGUUUAGCAUUAGGGCUGCUCAGAGUCUCUAUGUAUAAUAGUAGGCUGUGCAUACACAUGCAUUUUAUGUAUAACAGUGCAGGAGUAGGGAACCUGCAGUCAGUCCUCCAGUUGUUGGGGCUCCAGUUCUGAUCAGCCCCAGCAGUCUCAUCAACAUUUGGAGGGCCAACUGCCCCCCCCUGCCCCAUGCUAGAGACAAGAUGAACUCCCCCCACAAAGACUUAAGUGCUAGACAGCAGGUGAGUCAAAUCCUGCACCCAAGUUUAGCAGCUCUUACAAUCAGCAUUUUAACAAUGAAUUGUCCAAAGGGCAAAAAGCUAGGGACCGGAAUUUCUUGAAACAAAAGUAUGGGUUGUCUUUGGCUAACAGGACUUGUUGGUUAUGGAACUUCCCCAGUUCCAUAUGGUUGUAUGCUAAUUUUGUGGUGGUGCAGCCUUUUUAUUGUUUCAGCUGUUAAUUGCUUGUAUUUGUAUUUUAUUGCUUUUAAUUUGUGAACUGCCCAGCAGAGAAUGAUUAACUGGAUGGUAUAUACCCCCCCCCCCAAAGGUUGCCCUGAGCUCCUUGGAGGAAGGGAUAUAAACAUAAUCUUAUUGAAUGAAGAACAGCAAUUGCAGCUCCCCAGAUGUCUAUGCAAAGCUCCAGAAGCAGGAUGAGACCAUUAACAGCGCUCUCCCACUUGUGCAUGCCAACAACCAACAUUCAGAAGCACCUAUAGGAGAGGCAGUGCAAUGUCAGCAGCAGAGCAUCAACCGGCAGAGCCUUCUCCAUUGCCCAAUUUAGCCAGCUCAUCUGAAGCACUGGAAACAGAUGCAGCCAAUAAAUAUGAGGCAGUUUGCCCUCAUUGGUUUUAUUGCAAGGUAGUAGAUUCAAGAGAGAGGUGGAUUCCCUUCAGUGGACAAGAUUCAGAGAAGUUAGAAAACGCUCACAAAUCCAGCAAGUACUGUGAUGAGCUAGUUGUUCCAACAGAGGGGGGAAGAUACGAUGUACAUCUGAAGAAGAGGUUACGCUAUGCUGUUUACUGGGAAGAAGAUGAAUCUGAAGUGAGGCGCUGCACUUGGUUUUACAAGGGAGACAAAGACAACAGAUAUAUUCCAUACCCUGAAAGCUUCAGUGAAGAGCUAGAGGACACCUAUAUGAUCUGUGUCACCUUAGAUGAGUGGAAGAAGAAACUGGAGUCUCCGACCAGAGAAAUCAUAAUAUUGCAUAACCCAAAGUUGAUGGUACAUUACCACCCAGUAACAACCACUGAUGACUGGGGCGCAAGUCCCACAGAGCAAGGCCGGCCAAGAACUGUGAAGAGAGGAGUGGAAAAUAUUUCUGCUGAAAUCCCUAAUGGGGAACCUUUGCAGAUAGACCAUUUGGUUUUUGUUGUUCAUGGAAUUGGACCUGCAUGUGAUAUUCGGUUCCGGAGUAUUGUUCAGUGUGUCAAUGACUUCCGCAAUGUUUCAUUGAGUAUGCUGCCUGCACACUUCAAGAACGCUCAGGAGCAGCAACAGAUUGGCCGAGUAGAAUUCCUCCCAGUGAACUGGCACAGUACUUUACAUACUGGAGUAGAUGUAGACUUGGAGAGAAUCACCUUGCCAAGCAUCAAUCGCCUGCGUCAUUUCAUCAAUGACACCAUCCUAGAUGUUUUCUUCUAUAAUAGCUCCACCUACUGCCAGACCAUUGUGGACACAGUUGCUUCAGAAAUGAACCGUAUCUACCUGCUCUUCUUGGAGAGGAACCCUGACUUUAAAGGGGGAGUCUCAAUAGCAGGUCACAGCUUAGGAUCACUUAUAUUGUUUGAUCUUCUCACGAAUCAAAAAUGUACAUCUGAUGGAGAGGAAGAUAAAAAUGAGGAGUCACAAGUAUCAGCAACCGGCCAAGAAGGCAUUGGAUCUGUGACAGACAUUUUGACAGAGCUUGAGCUUUCUGAAUAUUGCUCUGUAUUCGAGAAGGAAAAUGUGGACAGACAAGCACUGGCCUUGUGCACAGAAAAGGAACUUAAAGACAUGGGAAUUCCCCUGGGACCCAGAAUGAAAAUUCUGCAUUAUUUAAGGAACAAAAGCAACAACCAGAAUUCUAAAGGGCAGACACCUGCAGCUGCUGGGGAAGGUGGAAAUACGAAGCAGGAGGUACCUGUAAAGCCUACAAAUGCAGAGACAAGUUGCCGGCGUCUGGAUGUUGUGACAGGGCAGGUCUCUGCAAACUAUCCUCAGCUAAUCUACAAACCAGAGAUCUUCUUUGCCUUUGGCUCCCCUAUUGGGAUGUUUCUCACUGUGCGAGGGGUGAAAAGGAUCGAUCCGAACUACAGCCUGCCUACCUGCAAAGGCUUCUUCAAUGUAUUCCAUCCUUUUGAUCCAGUAGCAUACAGAAUUGAGCCCAUGAUUGUCCCUGAUGUGGAGUUUGAUCCUAUGCUGCUCCCUCACCACAAGGGGAGGAAGAGAAUGCACUUAGAACUGAAGGAAGGCCUCACGCGAAUGAGCAUGGACCUCAAAAACAAUUUACUGGGCUCCUUGAGAACAGCCUGGCAGUCAUUCACCAGGACUCCACUUCCAGCUGUAGAGGCAGGAGCCACUGGAGAUACUGAACAAGUAUUGGAAGCUGAAGCCAGUUCAGAGAAACAGACUGAUAGGAAACCUGAGGAACCAACCACACCAGUGAAAGAAGAGCCUGCCCCAGUUAACGUGGGUAUGCUCAAUGGGGGUCACCGCAUUGACUAUGUGCUUCAAGAGAAGCCAAUUGAAAGCUUUAAUGAGUACCUGUUUGCACUGCAAGGCCAUCUCUGCUACUGGGAGUCAGAGGAUACAGUGCUGUUGCUGCUGAAAGAGAUUUACCAAACAAUGGGCAUCGGCAUGGACCAGCCCCUUCCAUAAAGCCAGACUAAUCAGCUGCACCAAAUAUUUGCUCCAUACUGAAAACUCAUCAAGGCUCCUGUCCACCUUCCUCUUGUCUCCUCUGUUGCUGCUGUGCCCAGCAUGCUUCAAUCCCACUGCCUGGAGCUCUGGAGGACUCACCACCCAAGUCUUAUUCCAUGGGAAGUGCAGCAAGCACUUUGACUCUCUGGGCUGUGUCCUCUGGCUAGAGGCUAGCGUGUGUCAAGUUGCAAUAUCACCGGCAUCAGGUCUAGUGGUGCACUAGGCGGGGCCAGGAAUCGGUGCUAGAACUUCACACCUCCUCUUCAGUUGGAAAGCCACGAUACAGGACGUUGAUACCAAACUGGGGAGAUGCCACACUUUGCUGAGUAAAGCUGUGAGGAAUGUGGGCAUACGGAAACGCUUGUUUUGUGGCUGCACUGGACACCCAGCACCAGACGUUUUUGUUUUGAGUAGUAGAUUUUUGUUCCUUCAAACCUUAAUGCUGCUGCUUUGCCCAACAGGUGGAGCUACAGACCAAAGCAAAAAGGCCAGUUCCUGUCCCUACUGUAGCAAGCGCUAUUGUGCUGGUAAUUCCCAUGUAUCAUCCCGUACCAACCUUGCUACAACAGGAAAAGCACAUAGGCACUCACUUAGGAAUAAACUAGACAGGUGCUUGGAAAAACCCUGUAAAUCUGUAUCUGGCACAGGUGACUCCUCAGAUUCUGAAAUUGUCUCUAUUGUCUGCUUAGUGUAGUUCUUAUCCACGUGGCUUUAGCAUACUGGAGAAGCUCCAUUUCAUCUGUAUCUUUGCUGUCCAUGCUGUGUUAAGAGCUGCAAUGAUCCAGCAGGUAUGCAAUAAGGAAGAGAGCCUGGGCUGUUGGGAGGGUCUUCCCCUGAGCUAGGUUCAGUAAGAAUAGGAUGCCCUACUACGAGUGUUUGGAAAGGAUUAUGCACCGCCAAAGAUGGUGUCUGUGACUGAAAACCCACUCACUUAACAGCUAAUUCUGAUCUCAUUUGUUGGCGGGUGGGUGGGAUAAGUCUGGGUCAAGGGGAAUCAUGUUUCCCAACCCUUUAAGCCUAUACCUACUGACCAAGAGAUCCUGGUGGUGAAUUAAAACUAGGCCUGUGCCCAUUUAGUAGAUUGUGUUUUAAAACACUGGGUAGCAGUACCUCUGCACCUGCACUUUUUACACAGGAG